UGCUGGAUCAAGAAGAAACUUGGAAGACAGAACUGACUAAAACCAUGAGCUCCAUCUUACAGAAAGCCGUCAGACCAAUGUGGGCUGUCAGAGGACUGCAAAAGUCUGUAAUGGAGGUCCUGAAAUACCCCGCCCGUGAGGACACGGUCACGGGGACGUUUGGAAAGUUCAUCAGUGAAGUGAAGCCACAACACUUGUCCCCUGUGGUCCUUCAUCGCAGUAAGAGGAUGUUGCUGGACAGUAUUGGAGUUGGUCUCCUUGGCAGCACAACGGAUGUCUUUCAACUGGUACUCCGGCACUCCCAGCUCAUGUACGCCCGUCAUGACGUCAGCUCUGUCUACGGACACGAGGGCACCAAGCUCUCGCCAACACUGGCAGCUUUUGUCAACGGAGUGGCGACUCACGCCAUGGACUUUGAUGAUACCUGGCACCCUGCCACUCAUCCCUCGGGAGCAGUGCUUCCCGCUGUGCUGGCUCUCAGCGACAUGAUGCCUGCCAACGGCAAACCCAGUGGCCUGGACUUCCUGCUGGCCUUCAAUGUUGGCAUUGAGAUCCAGGGACGACUCAUGAGGUUCUCUAAUGAGGCCUGUAACAUCCCCAAGAGAUUUCACCCUCCCAGUGUGGUGGGGACGAUGGGAAGUGCAGCAGCCUGUGCUAGACUCUUGUCGCUGACUCCGUCCGAGUGCAGUCACGCCUUAGCCGUUGCUGCAUCUCUCUCCGGAGCCCCGAUGGCUAAUGCUGCAACUCAGUCCAAACCCAUGCACGUAGGCAAUGCCUCCCGUCUGGGGCUAGAGGCCGCUAUACUGGCCUCUCAAGGACUUGAGGCAAGCCAGCUUGUCCUUGAUGCUGUGGAAGGGGUUGCUGGUUUCAGUGCUUUCUACAAAGACUACAACCCACAGCAUUUGAAAUCACCCAAGGAUGGCGACCAUGUAUUCUUGCUAGAGGAGCAGGAUAUAGCUUUCAAGCGCUUCCCUGCACAUCUGGGCAUGCACUGGGUGGCAGACGCUGCGGCCUCAGUGCACAAGGACCUUGUGGGUUUUGGUCCUGACACUGUGUCUUCGGCUCACAUUCAGGCCAUCCUCCUCAGAGUUCCCAACUCAAAAUACAUCAACAGGGCUUUCCCAGAGUCGCACCACCAGGCCCGCCAUUCUUUCCAGUUCAACGCUUGCAGUGCUCUCCUGGACGGCGAAGUAACCGUGGAGUCCUUCAGCCCUGCAGCCAUGGCCCGUGCUGAGCUCAUCCAGUUGCUGAGGCGUGUCCGCGUGGAGCAUCCCGAUGACAACCCUGCCAACUUCGAUCACAUGUACGGUGAAGUCCAAGUAGUACUUGUCGGGGGGGACAUUCUGAGAGGUCGCUGCGACACAUUUUAUGGUCAUUGGCGCAAACCACUGACCGAUGAGAGCUUGCGAAAGAAGUUCAGGAAUAACGCAGGGGCUGUUUUUCCCCAAGACAAAGUUGAGAGGGUGAUUCAAACAGUGCAAGAGAUGGAAAAACUGAAUGACUGUACCCCGCUUCUCUCAGAACUGCAGUGA